AUGGCAUUGCCACUGAAUUACCAUCCACGAAUUGACCCGACGCAGUGGCCAUCUCAUCUCAGGAAGCGUCGUGAUUCCGAUGAAUCACGGGAUUCUGGAGUGUCCUCGUUGAAUACACCUAUAGAACUGGAUGGUAUCCUUUGGUGUUUUACCUUCUUUCUCACUGUUUGGCAUUUCAAACUUCCGUUCUCACUGUUUAUCAGUCCGAAUGUCGAUUGCAUGAGGGCAUUUGAGACUGACGGAAGUACUGCUUUAACGCAGGAAUUUGAGGUGGCCAGCAACCCUCAGCAGAAAAAUACCGUAAUGGGACGUUGUCUUGAUGGCAGUCGUACCUGUGGAAUUCAGUUGCUCCGGUUUUGCGUUGCAACAUGGAACUUAUGGAAAUUUUGGACAAUCUAUAUUGUAUUUGUUACAUCCAUGUUUACCAUUAUUGCUGUAUCAUUGGCGUAG